UAUCAGAUAAGAUAUUCAUCAUAUUUUAGUAUUUUUCUACAUGUCUCAUAACAUGUGAAAUGGAUAUUAAAUGCACUUUCAAAAAAUGUAUUAAUUUACAACCUUAAUCUAUAAAUAUAUCAAAAAGCACAUUUAGUGUCCAUUGAGCAUUUACAGUACAGUCUAGGAUUACAGAAAUGUUAGAAUAGUCAAUUAUGCAAAAUUCAUAGAUACAUGUAUACGUAUUGACAUGUAUAUGUGUGUGUGUUUCACGAUCAAUAUUUAUACACGUUAUUACUAAGUGUAUUAUUGCGAUUAUUUGUAUUGAAUGAAAUAUGAAAUGUAUGUAUUGUGUACAUGUGUAUUCGUGUAUGUGUGUAGAUAGAUAGAUAGAUGUGCAUAUGUAUACAUAUUUGAACAUCACCACUAACCCCGGGCUGAGGACAGGUGAUGGUGAACGAGCUGUUGUAAGAUGUUUGUCAUAAAGCGGAUGUAAGGGGGUGAAAAAGGAGAAGAAGAAAAAACAACCGUGGGCAAACCCGCUCCGGCCUCCCAUUGGUCAAGAAAUAUGGACUCAGAUGACGUAGCAGUUCCGGGUUUCUGGGUCCCGAGCAGAGGUAACUGUCGGUCAUUCUCGGCGCGGCAGAGACAGACGAGGCUGUGUUCCUCCUCCGCCGAAGGUGUAACGUCUGAGUGAUAGAGGAACAAAUCUUUUCGUACUACGGUUGUUGGAUUCUUAAAAACUCUCUCUGUAACCAAGGCUUCCCGUCUGACGGACAUCAAACAUCUUCGGGACCAGGUUCCUUUCCUACAGACUCUUUCACAGAAAACAGCAUGGGUCUCCAGGCAGACUCAGCACUCGAGUCUAUCCUGCUCUUUCCAAUUCACCUUCUGGUAUGGCUGUACUCCUUCCUGUCCUUCCUGCCCUGGUACUACAUCACCGGCGCCGGGCAAAGAAAAGCUCUGUCCAGCCGGAUAAAGGCCCGUUCCACCUCGGGCUGUGCUGAGGGGCCAUACCGCUCCGUGGACCACUUUGACUGCCUGGCCAAGGAAGACAUCCCAGGAAAGGACACCCUGGACAAGCUCUUCGAACACGCCGUGCAGCGCUUUGGAGAAGACGAUUGUCUCGGCACCCGAGAAAUCCUGAGUGAAGAGAAUGAGAUUCAGCCCAGUGGUAAAGUUUUUAAAAAGCUGAUCCUCGGGGAGUACCGAUGGCUGUCCUACAACAAAAUGGACUCUGUAGUCAGUCAGUUCGGCAGUGGAUUGGCAGCUCUCGGACAGCAGCCCAAAAGCACCAUCGCAAUCUUCUGUGAAACCAGAGCAGAGUGGAUGAUCACUGCCCAGGCGUGCUUCAGGUUCAAUUUCCCACUGGUGACAUUCUAUGCCACGCUGGGAGAGGAUGCGAUCACAUUCGGACUGAAUGAGACUGGUGUCACGCAUCUAGUCACCAGUGUGGAACUGCUGGAGACGAAACUGAAACAUGUGCUCCCGAAUACCCCAAAACUGAAGCACGUGAUCUACGUGGACCAGAAGAAAGUGAGCACAGAAGGCUACCCAGCAGGAGUCUCCAUCCACAGCAUGCAGACCGUACUCGAUCUGGGCUCUCUGCCUGAAAACCUGGAGAGGGCAAUCGUGAAGCCCAAGCCCUGCGAUCUGGCCGUGGUGAUGUACACCAGCGGAUCCACGGGCAGACCCAAAGGAGUCAUGAUUGUCCACAGAAACCUGAUUGCGGGAAUGACAGGACAGUGUGAGCGCAUCCCUGGACUGGGGCCUCACGAUACGUACAUUGCCUAUCUUCCGUUGGCUCAUGUCCUGGAAAUGACAGCUGAAAUCUCCUGCGUCACGUAUGGCUGUCGGAUCGGCUACUCAUCCCCACAGACGUUGUCAGACCAGUCCACUAAGAUAAAGAGAGGGAGUAAAGGAGACAGCUCAGUGCUCAGACCCACCCUGAUGGCGGCUGUGCCUGAAAUUAUGGAUCGCAUCAACAAGAAUGUGAUGAGCAAAGUGCAGGAAAUGAGCUUCAUUCAGAAGACACUGUUUACAUUGGGCUACAAGUAUAAACUGGAGCAGAUCAAGAGGGGCUAUGACGCACCACUCUGCAAUGCCCUGCUAUUCGGGAAAGUGAAGAAACUGCUCGGAGGCCGGGUGAGGAUGAUGUUGUCGGGAGGGGCACCCCUCUCCUCGGCCACUCAAAGGUUCAUGAACGUGUGUUUCUGCUGUCCCGUGGGCCAGGGCUAUGGCCUGACGGAGACCUGUGGAGCAGGCACCAUCACAGAGGUUGCGGACAUCAGCACCGGUCGUGUCGGAGCUCCUCUCAUCUGCUGUGAAGUCAGGCUCCGGGACUGGGCUGAAGGUGGCUACACCAGCAAAGACGAGCCAAACCCAAGAGGGGAGAUCCUGAUCGGGGGUCCCAAUGUAACCAUGGGUUACUACCGGAACGAAAGCAACGACCAGGACUUUUUCGUGGACGAAAAGGGGCAGAGGUGGUUCUGCACCGGUGACGUAGGAGAGAUUUACCCAGAUGGAUGUCUUCAAAUAGUGGACCGCAAGAAAGACCUGGUCAAGCUGCAGGCCGGGGAGUACGUGUCCCUCGGUAAAGUGGAAUCUGCGCUGAAAAACUGCCCCCUCAUCGACAACAUCUGUGCUUACGCCAACAGUGAACAGAACUAUGUGAUCAGCUUCGUGGUUCCCAACCAGAAACAGUUGAUGGCGAUGGCCAAACUGAGGAGCAUCGUGGGAACAUGGGAGGAGAUCUGCACUCACCCCGACAUGGAAAGAGAAGUUCUGAAGGCGAUCAAGGUCGUCGCUACCAACAUCAAACUCCAGCGAUUUGAGAUUCCGGUGAAGGUGCAUCUGAGUCCCGAGGCGUGGACCCCGGAGACCGGUCUUGUCACAGAUGCUUUCAAGCUGAAGAGGAAAGAGCUGAAGAACCACUAUCUCCACCACAUAGAGAGAAUGUACGGGGGCAAAUAACUUUGACAGUUUCACCCAGAGAGUCCCAAGUCAUCGACAUAACCACUGUUCUGAUUGAUAAAUAAUUUUCCCCGGCAUGCCAUGUUUGAUUUUUCAUGCCGUUUGUGUACCACAGACAGUGGUGUCUUCAACAGAUCAGCUAAAUGCUGUAGAUACGUUGUAGCUGUUGGAUCCAUACGUGCUGCUUUUUCUUCAUGUGUGUUGGAAGUUUUGAUUGUCAGAGAGCUACACUUAAAGGGGCAGUAAGUCAUUUUAAACCAAUGCAUGGUUCUCCCAUACCCGAGGCUGCAGUCAGUGUCGUUAGAUCACAACAACAACAACAACAAAGAGAGGUGAGCUCCAAAAAACGCUCACGGCCCCUUUGCCCCAAGCGACUUAUUCCAUGAGAACGGUUUGAAACCAUGUGAACACACACGCUGCCAUCCACUCAAAUCAAUCUGUCACUUUUUAAAAGUACCACUGUCCACUGUAUUUCAGAUGCUUUGUUGUUACUUCCAUUGAAAAUAUUAACUGUUGAUCAUCAGACACUCAUAAUGCUCUUGUAAAGUUCGAGUACUUUUGUUACUGUGCCUUCGGUCUGCAGUGCUCGUGUAGUCAAGCAGAAGUGAGAGGCAUCUAUAUAGAAACAAAUGUUUUGUGUUUGUUACAAAAAAAUGGCUGGUUAACUGCCAGGUUAAUGUUUACUUGGGGCUUUAGUAAAGCUUUCCCCACCCAGAGAUACACUGACAUGGUUCAUAAUCGUGUCUGCUUAUCGGCUUAUUUUUUUUCUUCUGAUCAACAUUUUAUUUAUUCAGAAAGGUGAGACCAAAAUGUGUACAUAUAUAUAAUGACUCAGGAAGAUACAGUGAACUAAUGUUUUAAUAUAUGAACUUGAGAAGUAGGGGGUUGCUUGUAUAGAAAGAAUUUCUGUCGUAACUGUCUUGGGAAGCUUAUUUAUUAGAGUGCAAGCCUGCUUAACUACUAAAAACUGUUUAGCUGUUUGCAUUCUAGCAUUAGCUGUAAUCAGAACUGGCCUACUGUAAUACUGUGCGUGUUUUACCUCAGUUAACAGGUUAAUGUACAAUUUUGGUUUUAAAAUGUGGUCUGAGGUGAAGUCUGUUCAUUUAAAUAGUAUAGGAGUGUUUUCUAUGUAUUUUUCAAAGUACUGUGCUGAUGGAAGGUCAUCAUUAAACCCUUAAGGACGCACACAUUGACAGUCAGUUGUACCGUGAUCCUAUUUGUAUUUAUAACUCCCAUUUUGAUCACAUGCGUUGUUCAACAUUUCGAUAAUAAACAUCUUUUUCAUAA